AUGACGGACACAAAAGAUACAAAGUCAGAAGCUCCGUGGUGGAAAGCAUUCCCCGAAGCCAGAGCAAAAUGUCCAGAGCUCACUGCGGAUGAUGUGAUGAAGUUGCUUGAUGAUAUGGAUAUCACAUCUGAGCCGAGAUCUUUCUUGUUGGUAGAUGUUAGAAGAGAUGAUUGGGUUGGCGGAACCAUCAAAACUUCACUUAAUCUUCCCGCUCAGAGUUUUUAUCAAACUCGUAAGUCGCUGUAUGAACUCUGUAGUAGAGCGGGUAUGACCAAGGUCAUUUUUUACUGUGGAUCAUCAACUGGGAGGGGACCAAGAUGUGCAGGCUGGAUGCAGGAUUAUAUUGAUGAUAUAGCGAAGUUUGGAAAAAAGAGUAAUAUUGAGGUUGCGGUUCUGAGUGGUGGUAUUAAGGGGUGGGUGAAAGAGUUCGAGGGGAUGCUUAUGGAUGGGUUUGAGGAGGGGAAGUGGGAGGAGUUAAAGUAA